UCCAUCCACUUCCCCUCUGCUUCACUCACUCUCAUCUAUUUUUUCUCUGAUUCACCAUUUUAAUUUGUUUCUUUUUUUGAUAAAUAUUUUCAUGAAUCAGACUGAGAAUUGAAAUUGGAUUACAUGGACGAAAUCAAAGAUGAUGAUGUACAUGAACCUGCUCGAGAAAAGGUUUAUUACAAGCCGAAGCUGCGGACAUUUACAGGGACGCAUCACAAGAUGCGUCCCCACGUCCAUCUCCGCAAUCGCAGCUUCGAUGAUAACAUUAUUCACAACAAUUUACAAGAAGAAGAAUUAUUAUACAAAGAUGAAGAAGGCAUUGGAGCUGAUGAUGAUAAUCAUCAUCAUCAAUCGCCUUUGGCAGAGUUUGAAGGAAGUGGUGGUGGAAUAGGAAACUUUAAAGUACCAGCUCGUGCGCCUCUGCAUCCUGCACGUCCAACUUACCUUGAGAUAAGGCCACAUCCCCUCAAAGAAACACAGGUUGGGAAAUUUUUGAGGACCAUUGCUUGUUCAGAGACACAAUUAUGGGCAGGACAAGAAUCUGGCGUUAGAGUGUGGAAUUUUUCAGAUCAAUAUGAGUGUGGGAUGGGAAUUGGAGGACGGGCAAGGAGAGGGGAUGAGGAUGCAUCACCAUUUUAUGAGUCAGCUGAUAUGUCACCCGCAUUAUGCUUAAUGUUUGAUUCUGGGAAUAAAUUGAUCUGGAGUGGGCAUAAGGAUGGCAAGAUUAGGUCUUGGAGAACAGACCAGCCUAUUUCUGUUGACUCCUCUUUCAAGGAAGGCCUCUCCUGGAAUGCUCAUCGUGGGCCUGUUCUUUCGUUGAUGCUAUCUUCUUAUGGUGAUAUAUGGUCUGGAUUUGAAGGUGGUAUCAUAAAGGUUUGGCCCCGGGAAGCAGUACAGAAGUCUCUUUCUCUAUCAUCUGAUGAAACACACAUUGCUUCUUUACUUGUGGAAAGGUCAUUGGUUAACCUUAGAAGCCAAGUUACAGUUAAUGGUGUAUGUAACAUCUCAUCUUCUGAUGUAAAGUGUUUGCUCUCUGAUCAUGUAAGAGGAAAAGUGUGGGCAUCGGGAUCUUUAUCCUUCUCGUUAUGGGAUGCACGAACCAGGGAACUCCUGAAAGUGUAUAAUGUAGAUGGUCAUGUUGAGAAUGGAGUUGAUAUGUCAUCUGUGCCAGACCAAGCAUUGGAAGAUGAGAGUAAUGUCAAGUCUGUCUCCAAAUCUAAAAAAGAAAAGUCACAAGGAGGUAACUUUUUCCAGCGUUCACGCAAUGCUAUAAUGGGAGCUGCCGGUGCUGUACGUCGAGUUGCAACAAAGGGGUCAGGGGAAGAUAGUAGGAAAACAGAAGCCAUUGUUCUUUCAUCUGAUGGAAUGAUUUGGAGUGGAUGUUCAAAUGGCUUACUUGUGCAGUGGGAUGGGAAUGGAAACCGCUUGCAAGAUUUCCAUCAUCAUCCUUGCGCUGUUCUAUGCUUAUGUGCUCAUGGUUCUCGAAUAUGGAUUGGCUAUAUAAGCGGUAUGGUACAGGUCCUGGACCUUGAAGGGAACUUGCUAGCUGAUUGGGUUGCUCACAACGAGCCUGUAAUAAAAAUAGCAAUUGGGGGUGAUUAUGUUUUUAGCUUGGCUAAUCACGGAGGUAUACGUGGAUGGACCCUUGCCACUCCAGGACCUAUUGAUCACAUAUUGCAAUCAGAAAGAGCACAGAAAAGACAUUUAUACACCAGACAAGAAAAUUUUAAGAUCUUGGUUGGCACGUGGAAUGUUGCUGAAGGAAAAACCUCACAGGAAGCACUGGCAACUUGGCUGAGUUCUUCCAUUUUGGAUGUUGCGAUUGUAGUAAUUGGGUUGCAAGAAGUAGAAAUGGGAGCAGGUUUUCUUGCAAUGUCUGCUGCAAAAGAAACUGUAGGACUAGAAGGAACUUCCAGUGGGCAAUGGUGGCUGGAAGCAAUAGGGAAGACUUUGGACGAAGGAUCAACUUUUGAAAGGGUAGGAUCAAGGCAACUAGCUGGCUUGAUUAUUGCUAUCUGGGUGAGAAAAACUCUUAGAGUACAUGUGGGAGACCUUGACGUUGCAGCAGUUGCAUGUGGUUUAGGACGUGCCAUUGGUAAUAAGGGUGGAGUUGGUCUGAGGUUAAGAGUAUUUGAUCGGAUUAUGUGCUUCGUGAACUGUCACUUUGCAGCUCAUUUAGAAGCAGUCAACCGCCGCAAUGCUGAUUUUGACCAUAUAUAUAGAACAAUGGCUUUCACUCGAUCUUCUAACCUUCUUGACAAUGUUGCUGCUGGUGUGUCAUCUGCUGCUCAAAUGCUUCGUGGUACAGAUGCUGCAGCAAUUAGUCCCGGGAAGGGAAAGCCUGACCUUGCUGAAGCUGAUAUGGUGAUUUUCUGUGGGGAUCUUAAUUAUCGUCUUUUUGGAAUAUCUUAUGAUGAAGCAAGGGACUUUGUCUCACAAAGAUGCUUUGAAUGGCUUAGAGAGAAAGAUCAAUUAAGAGCUGAAAUGAAAGCUGGUAAAGUUUUCCAAGGGAUGCGUGAAGCAAUCAUCAGAUUUCCUCCAACUUACAAGUUUGAAAAGGGGAAACCAGGAUUAUUAGGAUAUGAUUCUGGGGAAAAGAAACGAAUUCCAGCUUGGUGUGACAGAGUGCUAUAUCGAGAUAGCCGGACAGCUCCUUCUAUGCAGUGCAGUUUAGGGUGCCCUGUAGCUGCUUCCAUUUUACAGUACGAUGCUUGCAUGGAAGUGACAGAUAGUGAUCACAAGCCUGUGCGGUGCAAAUUUAAUGUCGAAGUUUCCCUUGUUGAUAGAUCAGUAAGGAGACAAGAGUUUGGGAGGAUUUUCCAGUCUAACGAUAAAAUCAGGUCUUUACUGGAAGAAAUGUAUUAUAUACCUGAAGUAGACGUCAGUACCAGCCAGAUAUUACUUCAGAAUCAAGAAACAUUCAGCUUAAUAAUUACCAACAGAAGUACUAGAAAAGAUAAUGUUUUUUUCCAAAUCACUUGCCAAUAUCAAUCAGCUAUCAACAAGAGCAAGCAAACAUCAGGCUAUCGUCCCAGAGGUUCCUUUUGCUUUCCCCGUUGGCUUGAGGUUAGACCUGCAGCUGGCAUGAUCAAAUCUGGUGAAGAUGAAGAGAUCUUGGUACAUCAGGAAGAGUUCCGUAAUUCAGAAGAUAUUCCUGAUGUUAUUCCACCAAGCAAAUGGUCUGAGGAAACAAGAGGAGAAGAAGUGAUUUUAAUGAUCAAUGUGAAAUCCAAUGGCGCAACGAAGGUAAGAACACAUCAAGUACACGUCUGCCGCCGUUUUUCAACUGAUGCAAUAUGCAUGAUAUCAAGAAACAGUUCCACCAGAAAUGAAGGGAGCUCCCAUCACAGGUCAAACAGUUCCAGAAGAAAUGAAGGGAGCACCUACCAGAGUUCAAAUAGUUCUAUAAGAAAUGAAGGGAGCUCCCAACACAGGUCAAACAGUUCCAAAAGAAAUGAAGGAAGCACCUACCAGAGGUCAAAUAGUUCCAUAAGAAAUGAAGGGAGCUCCCAACACAGGUCUGCUCUUCAACAGGAGAGCGUGUCCAAUGGUUCCAGAAGAAAUGAAGGGAUCUCCCACCACAGGUCUGCUCUUCAACAGGAGAGUGCCUCUGACAUGAAUAAAUAUGAAUGACCAUCAAGGCAUGAAAACCUAUAAACCCAAAGAAAACAAGGUUCUUUUUU